CAAAAAUGUAUCCAAAACUUCUUGUUUUGGCACUCACUAACUUUUUUUACUUUUUUUUCUUACUAGCAUUGGCUUCUGACCCUGAACCUAUCCAAGAUUUUUGUAUACCUAACACAAAAACACCUAGGUCCAAUUUUGUAUCACCAUGUAAAAAUUCCAAAUUAGUAACACCUGAUGAUUUCAUAUUUCCCGGCGUAAAAUCGCCGGGAAAUUUCUCCGACACGGGCCUAGCAUCCGUGUCGGUCAACCCGUCGAUAUUUCCGGGACUCAACACAUUAGGUAUGUCGUUCGUACAUGUUGAAUUGAACAUUGGUGGAAUAAAUCCCCCUCAUUUUCACCCUAGAGCAACCGAAAUAGCCUACAUUGUCUAUGGGAAAGUUUAUUCAGGUUUCGUUGAUUCGAAUAAUCGCGUUUUUUCUAAGGUAAUUGAACAAGAGGAGGUCAUGAUUUUUCCCAAGGGACUAGUACAUUUUAUGAUGAACGCCGGGGAAACCCCGGCGACGAUUUUCGGAUGUUUUAACAGCCAAAAUCCAGGUAAUAUGAAAAUUCCAGCAACAAUUUUUGGUUCUGGAAUAAAUGAUGAACUUUUGGAAAAAGCUUUUGGAUUGAGCCUUAAGCAAAUUAUUGUAAUGAGAAGGAAAUUUUUUCCAAAAAAACUAAGGUAAAGUGGAUCACUUUAUUUAAAAAUUAGUGGAGAUGAAAGAUAGUACUACAUGUUAUACUUUUUUUUGUAAUUUUUUCUCAAUUAUACCCUUCUUAUGUUUUUGAAUUAUUUUUUAUUUUUUCUUUCAAAAGGAUUGUAAUGAAAUGAUUUAUGACACAUUUAUUUGUUUUGUAUACUAAAAGCUUUUCUACAACAUUCAUAGUUGAGGCUUACAUUUUUCCAAGGAUUGGACCCGUUGUUCGAUGUUGCUCAGUCUUGUUAUAAUUUUCUUCAAAACUUGUCACGCUUAUAUGUUUCAGGGGGUAAAUAAAUGUAUUUUUUAAUAGU